AUCUGAUGGUAAAAACUUGACGGGUAGCAGAGAAAGGGGCUCCAGCUAGGCCGGUUUGGUUUUCGUUGCUGGGGUUCCAGGAUUCCUGCCCGCCAUGGGGAAGAGGGAUAACCGGGUGGCAUAUAUGAAUCCCAUAGCAAUGGCUAGAUCACGAGGUCCUGCUCCAUCUUCAGGACCUACGAUACAAGAUUACUUGAACAGACCAAGACCAACAUGGGAAGAAGUAAAAGAACAACUAGAAAAGAAGAAGAAAGGUUCAAAGGCCUUAGCAGAAUUUGAAGAAAGAAUGAAUGAGAACUGGAAAAAAGAACUUGAAAAACAUAGAGAGAAAUUAUUAAGUGGAAAUGAGAGCACUUCAAGAAAGAAAGAGAAGAAGAAAAAAGAGAAGAAGAAAUCCAGUAGGUUGUCUCCAUCUUCCUCUUCCUCAUCAAGCUCUGAUUCUUCCAGCAGUUCAUCUGAUGUUGAAGAUGAGGAUAAGAAACAAGGAAAAAAGAGAAAGAAAAAAAAAUAUCACUCUUUACAGAAGUCAUCUGAAAGCUCUAGUUCAGACUCUGAUUCAGAUAGCAAGGAUAGUUUAAGAACUAAACGGACAAAGGAAGAUUAUGAAAGAGAUAAGGAUUCCAAAAGUCUUGUUAGGAAAAGAAUAAAAGCAGAUCAUAUGGAAGAAUUAUUGCCAUCAGAUUCUUCAUUGGAAUCGAUUGAAACAGAGGAGGUACAAGCAAAAAAGAAGAAAAACAGUGAAGAAAAAGAGAAAAAUGUAAGUUUAUUUUAUCUGUCUAAGAACGUUAAACUCCAAAUAUUAUAUCAGCAUGUACUAUAUAUAUAUAUAUGCUGA